AUGGCAAAUAAAAAUAUUUACAAAAAAGGGAAAGUUUAUUCUUCCAAUCCUUUUUCUAAAAUAAUUGAAAUGACAAAAGGAAAAGAUGAAAUUGAAACGGAAAAGUCAACACAGGAGCAAAAGGAUUUGGUUAAUUCUUUGACAAUUGAAUUAGACAAAAUAUUAUAUAAAAAUUUUGAAGAAGAAGAAGAGAAAAAUAAUAUUGAGGAAGUGAAGAAUGAGAAUAUUGAGGAAGUGAAGAAUGUUGAAAAUAAAUUGGAAGCAUCACUACCAAAAGGGUUAAAAUUAAAUGAUUUGGAAAAUAUUAAAAUGAUUGCUAAAUUUAUGAAUAAAUUAACUCUUUCUGAACAGCGAAAAGUUAACUUUCCCAAAGCAAUAGAACUUUUAGUUGCUUUACAUGAAAGUGAUAGAAUUAUUGAAAAUAAAAAUAAAAUAUGUGAUAAUAAAAAUUUAAUUUAUUUGAAAAAAGAUGGAGGGCAAAUAGAGGAAAUUGAGGAAUAUUUGCGUGAUAUUGUUAAUAUUAAAAAGGCAAAAGUUUUAUAA